AAAUAUGCCUGCUAAGAUCACCCUACGUAUCUCUUGGCUUAGGUACAAGUAUUUAUAUUUCUACGGAUAUAUUUUUAUCCUCUGAGGCACAAUUUUUAGUUUUUAAUCGUCAAUCUUGCGUGUAUUUUAUAGACUUGCUCAUAGAUUAUACUUGGAAGUUAGAAAGUGUUUCUGUUUGUGGAGCGUGCAACGGGAGUUUAUACAUAAGAAGUUAACUUCGUCUGCGUCUAGGAAUCUAUAAAAAGUUAGGUUAACUGUAAUGUUUGGAAAAUUAGGAAAAAUUUAACAUUUUUGAAAAACUCAGUAGGCGCAACUAAAGCCGCAUUUGAUUGUCUAAAUUUUGCACACCAUUAUUAUUUCGAAAAACCUAUAAAUAUGUCAGAGGAACAGAAGGAAGUCCUGAAGAGCGAUGGGGUGAAAAACGGAGGAGUGAAAAAUAUUGGGGUACCACCUCGUUCGAAAUCAGGUCUCAUGAAGUUGUCCAGCUAUGUAUUAGCUCUUCGCCCUUGGUCCUUAAGUGCUAGUUUAAUGCCAACCUUACUCGGUUCCACCAUUGCCUACAAAUACCCAGGUGCUGCAGACUUUAACUACAUCACCCUAAUUUUUACAAUAUUUACUAUAGUGUCAGUACAUGGGGCUGGAAAUGUAGUCAAUACCUAUUUCGAUUAUGUCAAAGGUAUUGAUAACAGAAAAUCAGAUGAUCGAAUCCUAGUUGAUCACAUUCUCACUAAAGAUGAAGUAGUCUCUUUAGGAGCAAUGCUCUAUUUUUGCGGAUGUGUUGGCUUCAUUUUAACUGCAGCUUUAUCGCCAGCAAAAAUGGAACAUUUAGCGCUAGUUUACUUCGGCGGCCUCUCCUCAAGUUUUCUCUACACUGGAGGGAUUGGAUUCAAAUACAUUGCCCUAGGAGAUGUAUUGAUUUUGGUCAUUUUCGGACCUAUUGCGGUGCUUUUUGCCUUCCUCGUACAAACUGGACAUAUUGAAUGGACUACUAUGUACUAUGCUAUACCCCUAGCAUUAAAUACGGAAGCUAUUCUACAUAGCAACAAUACAAGAGACUCAGAGUCAGACAAGAAGGUCGGUAUAGUCACACUAGCAAUCAUCAUUGGGCAUACAGCUUCUUAUAUACUGUAUGCAUUUUUAUUAUUUACACCAUACAUUAUGUUCAUGGUAGCAUCUUUGAAAUACUCAAAAUGGUUUAUGUUGCCUCUGGUAACUCUUCCAAGUGCUUUUCGAAUUGAGAAACAGUUCAGGUCGAGUGAUAUACAUGCAGUACCAAAGAAAACUGCAAGACUCAACUUGUCUUUCGGUAUUUUGUAUGUUUUGGCUUGCAGUAUGGUUCCCAGUUUACCGUUUAUAACUCAAAGAUAGAUACCGGAAGGCCUGCUUGCAGUGUUUAUAAUUACCAGGUCUAUUUUUGUUUUAUUGAGGAACUGGAUAGAGUUCUAAGCGUGCCACUCUGUUACUUCAAAUCAGAUUCCAGAUUUAAAAAACGGCGCAAAACAAUCAAGAAGUGUUAAUUUUUUUGCAUUUUAAACUAUGUUUUAAUCUAAAUUGAGACUUCAUGGAAACUAAUCGCUAGUAGGUACUUAUGCGGAGGGAUAAUGCUUGUAAUUGUGAACCCUCUUCAAGUGAUGAAGGAUUCAGUACUCAGGUACAGAAUGAACAUUUUAUAAAUAACUUUUACCUUUUGAUUGGUUUCGUGGUCCUGCGCCGCAAUAAAUAAAGCCUGUCGAAAUGUACGUCUUAUUUAAAUGCAUAUCCAUAAUUCAUUUUCAUAAACCUCAAAUCAUAUGGUGAAGUUGGAAUUAACAAUUGUUUAUUCUGAAGACUGUUUGUGUAUUACUGAUUUGAUUUGAAAGAACAACUGGCCUUAUUUGUAUUUUAGAAGCAUUUUUAGUAUUGCUAACUUCUGUUACUUAAAUAUUGAUCAUGUUAGCUUUAAAUAUAGAUAGUGAAUGGUGGAAAGACAAUAUAUCUAUGUAUUUAUUGAACAAUUCCUUUACUGAACGAAUUUGACAAGUUUUACGUAAUAAAAGUAUUUAUUUAUUUUGUUAUAGAAAA